CCGUCUCUAGGUGUCCUUCUGCGAAGCUCUCCCCUUCCCUUGAAAAUGUUAGACUCCGUCUCAUCUCCCCCCACACUUCUCUUUUUGUCAUCCUGCAGCCCAGUCCUUGUCAGCUUUGGGUUAUUUGGGGGUAUUUCCCGGUGGCAGGUUCUCUACCCCGCCCUUUCGCAAUAGGGCUGAGGCACGCGCUUGCGCGGGGUCCGGGAAAAACGCGCGUGCCAGGAGAGAGAGAGAGAGAGAGGCUGGGGAAGGGGGCGGAGAAAGGGAGGUGAGGAGAGAGAGGAGAGGGGAGAGAGUGAGAAGAGAGGGGAGAGAGAGAGAGAGAGAGAGAGAGAGAGAGAGAGAGAGAGAGAGAGAGAGAGAUUGGGGGUUAAGAGAGAGGGAAGGGUGGAUAAGGACGAAGAAACUGCGGUCGGCCGAGAACCCCAAGAGAUAAGCUGGGGGUCUGAGCCAGACCUGGAACCCUAGCAGGAGCAGGACACAGCAAGGCAGACACCCAGGGCUGGUCAGCCCUGCGUGAUGAGUCUCCUCCGACUCUUCAGCAUCCUGCUCGUCGCUGUGAUCUCUGGAGCUCGGGGCUGGGGCUAUUAUGGCUGCAAUGAGGAGCUGGUGGGACCUCUGUAUGCACGGUCCCUGGGCGCCUCCUCCUACUAUGGGCUCUUUACCACAGCCCGCUUUGCCCGGCUGCACGGCAUCAGUGGAUGGUCGCCCCGGAUUGGGGACCCGAAUCCCUGGCUCCAGAUAGACUUAAUGUCCAAGCAUCGGAUCCGGGCUGUGGCCACACAGGGAGCCUUUAAUUCUUGGGAUUGGGUCACACGUUACAUGCUGCUCUACGGGGACCGUGUGGACAGCUGGACACCAUUCUAUCAACAAGGGCACAACGCGACCUUCUUCGGUAACGUCAAUGAGUCGGCGGUGGUUCGCCACGACCUGCACUACCACUUCACGGCUCGCUACGUCCGCAUCGUGCCGCUGGCCUGGAACCCGCGCGGCAAGAUCGGCUUGCGGCUGGGCCUCUACGGCUGUCCUUACAAGUCCGACAUACUGUAUUUUGACGGCGAUGAUGCUAUCUCGUACCGCUUCCCGCGAGGGGUCAGCCAAAGUCUUUGGGACGUGUUCGCUUUUAGUUUCAAGACCGAGGAGAAGGAUGGGCUACUGCUUCACACCGAGGGCUCCCAGGGGGAUUAUGUGACGCUUGAACUGCAGGGGGCACACCUGCUGCUGCACAUGAGCCUGGGCAGCAGCCCCAUCCAGCCAAGACCUGGUCACACCACGGUGAGUGCUGGCGGCGUCCUUAACGACCUGAGCUGGCACUAUGUUCGGGUGGACCGAUAUGGCCGAGAAGCAAAUCUCACCCUGGACGGUUAUGUUCAUCGCUUUGUGCUCAAUGGCGACUUCGAGAGGCUGAAUCUGGACAAUGAGAUAUUCAUCGGGGGUUUGGUGGGCGCAGCGCGUAAGAACCUGGCAUACCGGCAUAACUUCCGUGGCUGCAUAGAAAACGUGAUCUAUAACCGGAUCAACAUCGCCGACCUGGCAGUGCGGCGCCAUUCGCGGAUCACCUUCGAGGGUAAUGUGGCUUUCCGUUGCUUGGAUCCCGUUCCACACCCCAUCAACUUUGGAGGCCCUCACAACUUCGUCCAAGUGCCUGGGUUUCCGCGCCGCGGCCGCUUCGCAGUCUCCUUUCGCUUCCGCACCUGGGACCUCACGGGGCUGCUUCUUUUCUCUCGCUUGGGAGAUGGGCUGGGUCACGUGGAGCUGAUGCUUAGUGAAGGGCAAGUCAACGUCUCCAUCGCGCAGAGUGGCCGCAAGAAGCUUCAGUUUGCUGCUGGGUACCGCCUGAAUGAUGGAUUCUGGCACGAGGUCAACUUCGUGGCCCAGGAAAACCAUGCAGUCAUCAGUAUCGAUGACGUGGAGGGGGCAGAGGUCAGGGUCUCAUCCCCACUGCUGAUCCGCACAGGGACUUCAUACUUCUUUGGCGGUUGUCCCAAACCAGCCAGUCGGUGGGGCUGCCACUCCAACCAGACAGCAUUUCAUGGCUGUAUGGAGCUGCUCAAGGUGGAUGGUCAGCUGGUCAAUCUGACUCUGGUGGAGUUCCGAAAGCUUGGCUACUUUGCUGAGGUCCUCUUUGACACCUGUGGCAUCACAGACAGAUGCAGCCCUAACAUGUGUGAGCAUGAUGGUCGCUGCUACCAGUCUUGGGACGACUUUAUCUGCUACUGCGAACUCACUGGCUACAAGGGGGUUACCUGCCAUGAACCUUUGUAUAAGGAAUCCUGCGAAGCCUAUCGGCUCAGUGGGAAAUUUUCUGGAAACUUCACCAUUGAUCCUGACGGCAGUGGACCCCUGAAGCCGUUUGUGGUGUAUUGUGAUAUCCGAGAGAACCGAGCAUGGACGGUCGUACGGCAUGACAGGCUGUGGACAACUCGAGUGACAGGUUCCAGCAUGGAGCGGCCCUUUCUGGGGGCUGUCCAAUACUGGAAUGCCUCCUGGGAGGAAGUCAGUGCUCUGGCCAACGCUUCCCAGCACUGUGAGCAGUGGAUCGAGUUUUCCUGCUACAAUUCGCGGCUGCUCAAUACUGCAGGAGGCUACCCCUACAGCUUUUGGAUUGGCCGGAAUGAGGAGCAGCACUUCUACUGGGGAGGCUCGCAGCCUGGGAUCCAGCGCUGUGCCUGUGGGCUGGACCGGAGCUGUGUGGACCCUGCCCUGCACUGCAACUGUGAUGCUGACCAGCCGCAGUGGAGAACGGACAAGGGGCUGCUGACCUUUGUGGACCAUCUGCCUGUCACACAGAUAGUGGUAGGGGAUACAAACCGGUCCAGUUCUGAAGCUCAGUUCUUCCUGAGGCCUCUGCGUUGCUAUGGUGACCGCAAUUCCUGGAACACUAUCUCCUUCCACACCGGAGCUGCACUGCGCUUCCCCCCGAUCCGUGCCAACCACAGCCUCGAUGUCUCCUUCUACUUUAGGACCUCGGCCCCCUCGGGAGUCUUUCUAGAGAACAUGGGGGGCCGUUUCUGCCAGUGGCGCCGACCUUACGUGCGAGUGGAACUCAACACAUCGCGGGAUGUAGUCUUUGCCUUUGACAUUGGCAACGGGGAUGAGAACCUGACAGUGCACUCAGAUGACUUCGAGUUUAACGACGACGAAUGGCAUUUGGUCCGGGCUGAAAUCAAUGUGAAGCAGGCCCGGCUACGAGUGGACCAUCGGCCCUGGGUGCUACGGCCCAUGCCCCUGCAGACCUACAUCUGGCUGGAGUAUGACCAGCCCCUCUAUGUUGGAUCUGCAGAGCUUAAGAGGCGCCCUUUUGUGGGUUGCUUGAGGGCCAUGCGUCUGAACGGAGUGACUCUGAACCUAGAGGGCCGUGCCAAUGCCUCUGAGGGCACCUUUCCCAACUGCACAGGCCACUGCACCCACCCCCGCUUCCCCUGUUUCCAUGGAGGACGUUGUGUGGAGCGAUACAGCUACUACACGUGUGACUGUGACCUCACGGCUUUUGAUGGGCCAUAUUGUAAUCAUGAUAUUGGUGGAUUUUUUGAGCCUGGCACAUGGAUGCGCUAUAACCUUCAGUCAGCACUGCGCUCUGCGGCCCGGGAGUUCUCCCACAUGCUGAGCCGACCUGUGCCAGGCUAUGAGCCUGGCUAUAUUCCGGGCUACGACACUCCUGGUUAUGUGCCUGGCUACCAUGGCCCUGGGUACCGCCUGCCCGACUAUCCGAGGCCUGGCCGGCCGGUGCCGGGAUAUCGGGGUCCCGUCUACAAUGUCACUGGAGAGGAGGUCUCCUUUAGCUUCAGCACCCACUCUGCUCCUGCCGUCCUCCUUUAUGUCAGCUCCUUUGUCCGUGACUACAUGGCUGUGCUCAUCAAGGAAGACGGGACCCUCCAGCUUCGGUAUCAGUUGGGUACCAGUCCCUACGUGUAUCAGCUGACCACUCGGCCAGUCACUGAUGGGCAGCCCCAUAGUGUCAACAUCACCCGGGUCUACAGAAACCUCUUCAUCCAGGUGGACUACUUCCCGCUGACAGAACAGAAGUUCUCUCUGCUGGUGGACAGCCAGCUGGACUCACCCAAGGCCUUGUAUCUAGGCCGAGUGAUGGAGACAGGAAUCAUUGACCCAGAGAUCCAGCGGUACAACACUCCAGGUUUCUCAGGCUGCCUGUCUGGUGUCCGGUUCAACAACGUGGCUCCCCUCAAGACCCAUUUCCGAACGCCCCGCCCCAUGACUGCUGAGCUAGCAGAGGCCAUGCGGGUUCAAGGAGAACUGUCGGAGUCUAACUGUGGAGCGAUGCCACGCCUUGUCUCUGAGGUGCCCCCAGAGCUGGACCCCUGGUACCUACCCCCAGAUUUCCCAUACUACCAUGAUGACGGAUGGGUGGCCAUACUCUUAGGCUUUUUGGUGGCCUUCCUGCUGCUGGGGCUUGUGGGAAUGCUGGUGCUCUUCUACCUGCAAAAUCAUCGCUACAAGGGUUCCUACCACACCAACGAGCCCAAGGCCAGCCACGAUCACCAUCCUGGCAGCAAAACCCCCCUACCUCCUUCAGGCCCUGCCCAGGCCCCUGCCCCCACUCCAGCUCCCACCCAGGCUCCGACCCCAGCCCCAGCCCAGACCCCAGCCCUAGUCCCAGCCUCUGGCCCAGGCCCCAGGGACCAGAACCUCCCCCAAAUCUUGGAGGAGUCCAGGUCUGAAUGAGUCAUAAGGGCUUUAAGGAUCAAGUCCAACUCCUCUGAGUCGCCCCAACUCCUUCCUCUCCCUUACCCUGCCAGGGUCAUUUGGCUCUUCUUCGCAGGCUCUGUUCACCGGGAGGAUUCCCUAUGCCAAGUUUGGUGGGCAGAGCUACAGAUGGGACCAAAGGGAGUGGCCGAGCCUCACUGCCUAAACCAAUGCCCUGCUCAUCCUCCCCGCCCCCCAGGCUCCUGGCUGUUGGCCUGCCCCCCAGCAGAAGCCCCACAGGGCUGAGACAGACCUUUCCUGCCAUCUCUGUCCCAGCUGCUGGUAGGGAUUAACCACGCAGGGCAGGGAGAUGAAGGAUACCUCCCUUCCUGUGUACAUUAUCAGCAGGGACAGAUGUGGGGGGCUGCAGGACUGCACAGGGCAUGCGGGGAGGGGAGAGGCUGCUAAAACACACCCAGGCCUCCCUGCCUGCCCUGCCGUCUUCCAUCUGCUUCCUCUCAGCUGGGGGUGAGCAGGGAGGACUUCACUGUCCCCACCUCACCCCACCCACCCCUUUGUUUUCACAGAGACCAAGGUCUCUGUCUAGCACUUUAGUACCCUCCGCUGCUUCAUGCUUCACGUGCUUCAGCCAAAGCCAUAAAAGCCCUGCAAGUAGAAAACAGUAAUGCAGACACCUUGCCUAGCCAGUCCUCUGCUCUCCUGACCCUUUCCAAAAUAUGCAAUAGCCUUGGUGCCUGGCCACAGGCCUGGCCCCCUCCAAUGCAUGAGGAACCCGCUUCCCUCUGCUCAGAGAUGCUGCUGUGUUUGCCCAGCUCAUAUUCUUUAUAUAUAUAUUUUUUGUUGCAAAGUCUCUCUCCAGAGAAACUAUAUAUUAUUCUAAUUUUUAAAUUAUUUGUUUAUAUAUAAAAAAGAACUCAGUGGGCUGUCCUGUGCUGUACCGAGUCUAUAGUGAGCUCCUUCUGUGCUGGAUGUCUCACUUGUCCUGCCAGCCACUCACCCAGCUUGCUGGGCCUUCACUCUACAGGAGGGCAGAGCCUGUGGUGCCCUCAACUGAGCAGGUCCAAUAAAGCGGAGUGGCAGAGCCCAGUCUGUGUGUGGUAGCUGAUGUCACAGUCAAGGGAUAAAUGGAGUGGAGUUUUGCUUUGUU